UCAACCUCUCCCCUUCAACCCCUCUUCAUCUUCUCUUUUAAUUUCCUUGUCAAUCUUUCUCUCUAUAGCAGUACUUUAUCAUAUCUUGCUCUUUCUUCCUCUCUUCACUAGCUCGCUAUAGCUCUCUCUUUUUGAUCUUUUGUCUUUGAGCACAAUACCCUUUUGUCUUUUCGAUGCAAGGUGCCCUACAAAUUGAGGGCAAGUUGUAUGUUCACAAGUGAGAAUUUGGGGCUAUUGUGUUUGUGUUUUUGUACUUUUGUGCCGUAAAGUUACACAAUUGGAAGAAAAGAGCAUGAAGGAGAGUGGAAGAAAGCAAGGAGCACCUUCACCAUGUGCAGCAUGCAAGCUUUUAAGGAGAAGGUGUGCUCAAGACUGUGUUUUUGCUCCUUAUUUUCCUGCAGAUGAGCCCCAGAAAUUUGCCAAUGUGCACAAGGUUUUUGGUGCUAGUAACGUCAGCAAGAUGCUCCAGGAAUUGCCUGUGCAUCAAAGAGGAGAUGCAGUGAGUAGCAUGGUGUAUGAAGCAAAUGCAAGAGUGAGAGAUCCAGUAUAUGGGUGUGUUGGGGCAAUUUCAUCACUACAACAACAAAUUGAUGUACUUCAAACCCAACUGGCUCUGGCUCAAGCCGAGGUGGUUCACCUCCGAGUGAGCCAGACUGCACCCUUUUCAAACCACGGGUUCGGCCCGACUAGCCCUAGCAACAGCACUGGCUCGCCCUCCUCCUCCAAGCUCAUGGCUUCUCACCACCACCAUCAUCAUCAUCAUCAACCCAAGCCUCUCUAUGACAUGGAUAUGGUGAUGGACCAAUCUCAUUAUGAAGAGUCAAUGUGGACAUGCUAGCUCAAUAUAUUGUUCCUACUAUAUAUUAUUAAUUAUAUAUACGAAUAUAUAGUAAUUUUCUGAUUUGAGCGUUUGUGCUUUUAUUAUUAAAGUACAGACGUUAAGAUAUGAGAAAAAUUAUAUCUUUAGGUAAAUUUUGGUUCCCCAUGUUUAGUUCUCCUUUAAUAUUUCUAAAGCCUUAUUAUACAUGGGUAGAGCUAGCUAGCUGUGGCAUUAUUACUUCACAGUUGUGUUGGUGAAGAGUAUUUAGCUACUUUGGUUUGAAAAAGGAUCUUGUUAUUAACUAUAUUUUGUAAAUAAUAUAUUAAUUAACUUUAU